AUGUCCAAUCUUAUUUCAUUUCUUGACUGGCCAUGGGGCCAGUCUGUGGUCCAGGCUGGAGCAGCCGGUCUUUUCUUGGCCGCGGCCAGCGUUCGAGUCGCCCACCUCAAGUACCAAUCUACCAAAGUCAAUCCAUCCGGGUUGCGAAGAUGCAAGCUCAUAGUCCUUACCAUUUUGGUCACUUUGCGCCUGUCUGUUUUGGUUCUAUGGACAUUGAAGCCCUCGAGUAUUGCCGCCCGGGUCACAGGUUCCGAAUUCGUGGCUGGAAUUGCUCUGCUGGUUCUGUCAGGCUAUGAGCAUGAUCGAUCAGUCGCGCCUUCAAAUCUCAUUGCCCUCUAUCUUGGGGUGACUCUUCCUUUGGACAUCUCUCAGACCAGGACGCUGCUGUCUCUCGAUAAACCAUCUAGUGGCCUGGCCUUGGAGACAACGAUAGACCCAAUUCCAACAAUCUCCAUCAUCCUUGUUGUGGCAGAAUCAAUUGCGCUUGUCAUUGAAGCCCUGCCCAAACGACACCUUUUGCUCGCUAGCCACCGUGAUCUCAGUCCUGCAGACACCAGCGGCCCAUAUAGCAAGAUAUUUCUCUGGUGGAUUAACCCUCUCCUAUGGCGCGGCUUUUUCAACACUCUCACACCCAGCAAUCUUUAUUCUCUAGAUUCAGCCUUGUCGUCCCAGCAGCUCGAAGCUAAGUUCCAGGGAGAAUGGGAGCGAAAACGCAACGCGGGUUCAAACCGACUUUUGCGAGUGGUUUUAUCAGCCCUUAAAUGGCAAAUCCUGGCCUCAGGUAUACCACAGCUACUUUUGAUCGGUGUUAAGUUCGUCCAGCCACAAUUGAUUCGGGAUACUACGGAUUUCGUGAACAACCCGAUCGGUUAUCAGGGUGGUUCUGGUUGGCGCCUGGUCAGUACAUAUGCUCUUGUAUAUAUCAGUAUCGCGGUCCUUGGUGCAUCCGCCAAACAUCAGAUAAACCGAUUCAUUGUCAGCAUUCGAGGCGGACUGAUAUCCUUGAUCUAUCAGAAAAGCGUGUAUUUGAGUAUCACCGAGCUGGAAGAGAAGGCUGCGUUAACCCUUAUUUCCGCCAACAUUGAGCGAAUCACGACGGCUUUCGGCACUUUGCAUGAUACCACUGCAGCAAGUAUCGAGGUGGUGGUCGCUUUAUACCUUCUAUACACUCAGCUAGGCCCUGGCUUCAUUGCCCCUGGGUUUUUCUUCGGCUGUGCAGUCAUCGCCAUGGCCGUCUGCACACGGUUAUUUCCCAAAUAUCAGGAUAUAUGGAUCGAAGCCAUUCAAACUCGUACCUCUUCUACUGCAGCCAUGCUGGGCGCAAUCAGGAACAUCAAGCUUCUGGGGCUAUCUUCCGUUGUUGCUGAUCUGGUGCAGCGCUUGCGGGUGCAGGAAAACCACAUCGCACGCAAGAUCCGUUGGCUGAUUGUUGUUCAAGUGGUCUUUCAAAAUGUCACCAGCAUCGCUGCGCCGGUUUCCACAUUUGCGAUCUACAUUCUCCAGGAACGAUGCACGGGACAGCGAUUGGACAUUCCCACCGCGUUUGCUAUCCUCUCGAUUCUUCAGCUCCUGGAGCCACCGCUGAUGAUGCUGGUCCAAACAUUUCCUGAGCUAGUGGCCUCUCUAGGAUGCUUCAGCCGGAUCCAAGAAUUUCUUCUGUCUCCUUCACGACAAGAGCGUCGAAUUUUGCAACCGGAGCCCCCCAGGCAGGUCGAUGGGAAUUUGACUGGUCAGAGAACGGACGAUAUCCUGGUCCUUCAGAAUUCCUCUUUUGGGUGGGCGGACGAAAGCCUGGUGCUUCACAAUCUUAAUCUCCGCGUCAAACGAGGCUCCUUGGUCAUGGUAGUCGGCCCGACAGGUUGUGGAAAGAGUACCCUGCUGAAGGGUAUACUUGGUGAGACUCCCUUGUCGUCUGGGACCGUUUGGCUGUCGACCCCCUCGGUUGGAUUUGCUGACCAAACACCGUGGACUAUCAAUUCAACAAUCAAGGCUAGUAUAUGUGGGAGUUCAUCUGAAAAUGAGCCUUUCUAUGGGGAGGUAAUUCACUGCUGUGGCCUUUCAGCGGAUCUGAGGAACCUACCGAACAAAGACCGAACCAUAGUAGGAACCAAUGGAAUCGCCCUCAGCGGCGGCCAAAAACUCCGUCUUGCCCUAGCCCGGGCGGUAUUUGCGCGGAAAGAACUCUUGGUUCUGGAUGAUAUUUUCAGCGGCUUGGAUGCGGAUACAGAAGACGAGAUCAUUCGCAGGCUCUUCUCCCAGUCAGGCCCCCUGCGCUCUCAGAACACCAGUGUUGUUCUUGUCACCCAUGCCGUUGCCCGCUUGCCACAUGCUGACUGGGUCGUCGUACUGUCAAAAGAUGGAACAAUUGCGGAGCAAGGAACUUAUGAGACUCUUGUUCAACAGACCGGAGGAUACGUAGCUGGUCUCUCUGUUCGCUUCAAGGACAAUUCCAGGAAUGCCGAGGAAGCUAGCUCUCAGUCCGACAGCGUAGAAAUACUGACAAAGCAGCCAGCAGUUGACAUAACGCAUGAAGAGGAAGAAGAUGAGAUCUCGGCUAAGUCUCCAGUGUCGAACAUUGAAGAUUGGAAGGCGAUCACACAUUAUUUCGUUGCAGCAGGCCGAUUCUCGAUAGGACUCGCUUCUCUUUAUAGUUUGAUCUACGUCACCGCAAUCAAGGCUCCUGGGCUGCUUCUUAACUAUUUCGCCAGUCCGGUCGAUCGCUCAACGAUUGUAUCUACCUCAUGGUUCCUGGGGUCUCUGGGGUUGGCAGCCGUAAUUUCCCUGCUUUCACUCAGUCUGCUGGUCUGGGGACAGUUCUUCAACAUCAUCCCUCGAGUAUCGAACGGCCUCCACCAGCGGCUCUUGCAGACCGUAUUGCUGGCCCCUUUGUCGUUUUUCACCUCCACUGAUUCAGGCAUAGUGCUGAACUGGUUCAGCAACGACCUCGGCGUUAUCGACAAUGAACUACCAGGAGUGCUGAUUGGCACUAUGCUGCAGUUAGCGAUCUUUGUGAUCGGGGCUGGUCUCAUCGCAGUUUCAUCAUCGUACCUGCUAGCGACUAUCCCAUUUCUCGUUCUGGUCCUCAUCUCCAUCCAAAGAUUCUAUCUUCAGACUUCUCGUCAGCUCCGAGCCAUGCGCCAGGAGCAACAAGCACCUCUGUACACCCACUUCCAAGAAACCAUCGCCGGCCUCGUCAGCAUCCGAGCCUUGGGCUGGAUUGAGCCAUUCUGCGCCCGAAACUCUGAGCUACUUGACAAUAGCCAGAGACCCAUUUAUCUUCUGAAAACAAUCCAGGUCUGGCUUGCACUUGUGCUGAAUCUCUUGGUCGCUGGACUCGGAACCCUUUUGAUUGGCACAAUCGUCUCCCUCCGCGACACUGUUCAUCCCGCCCUGGUCGGCCUGGGCCUGCUGAAUAUCAUGAGCUUCAAUGAGAGCCUCUGCGAAUUGGUCCAACUUUGGAGCAUGACGGAGACUUCCCUCGGUUCUCUCGCACGCGUACGCGAGUUUAUCAAUACCACCGAGUCAGAAGUCAAACUUCUAGAGACAGUUUCUCCCGCACCAACUUGGCCUCCUCAUGGUGCAGUUGAUAUCAACAACUUCGCCGCCUCAUACCGUGAAUCUUCUUCACUCGUCCUCCAAGACGUCUCUCUUAAGAUACAGCCUGGGCAGAAAAUUGGCAUCUGCGGCCGAACCGGUAGCGGCAAGUCUUCGCUCCUUGCUUCGCUCUUUCACCUCCUGGAAUUCCGUCAGGGCUCUAUAACCAUAGAUGGCUUGGACCUGGCUCUUCUUUCCCGCGAAGCCUUGCGCCAGCGGAUCAACAUCAUUACCCAGGAGCCGUACUGGGUUACCUCUGAAACAGUGCGAUUUAACCUCGACCCGUGGGGUGCGACGACACAAGAUGACGAGAUCUUGAUCCGAGUCUUGGAAAAAUGUCAGAUCUGGUCUGUGGUCGAAGCGAAGGGCGGGCUGAGUGCAAUCAUGGCUGGGGACUUUUUGAGUCAUGGCCAGCGACAGCUGUUUUGCCUGGCAAGGAGUCUCCUACGAAAGAGUAAGGUUGUGGUGUUGGAUGAGGGUUGUACUAUAAUCUCCGUUGCGCAUCGUCUCAACACGAUCGUCGAUUUCGACCGCGUAGUUGUGCUCUAUGAGGGGCGCGUGGUGGAGUCGGGUAAGCCUCAAGAGCUGUUGGCGCAGUCUGAAAGUAUAUUCAAGAAGCUAUAUGAGAUGUGA